CCGUCGACCUCCCACGGCCUCAUCUCAGCCAUCCAUCACCGAACUGCAGCAGCCACCACUAACAGUUCGAUAUCGCCAAAAUGGGUCGCAAAGAUAGGAACCCCACUUGGCGAGAGGCCAAUAUCUGGGAGAAGCCCACCCGGAGAUACAGCACCUGGGCGACGACCACAACAUGGAGAACGAACACAUGGGCCAGCAAUGAUGUCGACCCCGAUCCCGAGGUUCAAAAGCACACAGCAGAGGAGGCGAAGACCAAGAAGCCAUCAAGAUGGCGAUGGCGGUCUUUGGCGUGUGGGAUGAAGCACAGUCCAGCCCUAGCCUGCGACAUGUACAAGCCCGCUUUCCCCUGGAUCACCCAUCUCCACUGCCCUUUCCUGUGCAUUUCAGCGUGCCCUCCACCACUCAGGAGCCAGGAACCAGCGGAAAAGGAGGCCCCAUGGACACCAUCCACGUUUCGACUCCCAUUCGACUGGACCCUUGGAGGAAACAUCAGACAACACCUCUGGACUGGUCUGGACAUGGGGGUGACGAUGAAUGCCGGCACGUCCACCGCCAAGAGAGCCAGGAAUGGUUAA